AUGACAUCUGAAAUCAAAACUUGGGAAGCAUUAACCUAUCAAUGGAAAGUUUGGAAAUUCUUCGGUCUUGUACCUCCACAGGAAGGGUCCAUUUGGCUGAAUUGCAUGCAAUCGAAGAGUGUCUCUGAGUUUUGUGAAAAUGGCUACAUGGCUGUUACUGUCAUUGUUUCGAAUUUGAAAUUUUUAAAUUCAUAUUUUUCUCUUCACAACUUAUUGAAAGUGCGUCCAAUUCUCAAAGAAUUGGAUAAACGUGCUAAAAGCGAAGCAGAAGAUCAAAUAUUGCUUAAGGGUAAAAAUAAUGCUAGAAAAUGUUUUAUGUUUUAUGUACGCAUUUUUAGUGUGACACAUUUUACAAGCAAUUUAAUUGUCUUCUUGGCAAAGGAACGUAGGCUUAUAUAUCCAGCUUGGUUUCCUUGGAACUGGAAAGAUUCAUUUACAUAUUACGCUAUAUGUUAUGUAUAUCAAUUAUAUGCAAUAACAGCUUAUGCUAUCAUUGAAGCUAUAAACGUUACUUAUCCCUCGAUGCAUAUGUGCAUAUUAUCAGCUCAUAUAGAAGCUUUGGCUACACGUAUUAAGAAUUUAGGUUCCAAAGAGGCUAUAUAUGACAAUAAUUCUAAGAAACAAGAAGAAAAGCUAUAUAAAGAACUAACAGAAUGUGUUAAAGUUCACGAAAUUAUAACCAAAUUCUUUCAAAUUACGGAAAGUACUAUAGCUGGCUCAUGCCUAAUACAGUUCAUGAGUACUGGACUUGCUCAGUGUACUUUAGGAGUGUUUUUUCUUUAUAAUGGCUUGAGUAAUGAUGUAAAGCUAUUGAAUAUUGUUUUCUUCUUCAUGGCAAUUACAAUAUCAAAUGUGAAAGCACAGACUUUCAUUAGUAAUAUGAUGACUGAAGUCAACACUUGGGAAGCACUUACUUAUCAAUGGAAGGUUUGGAAAAUUUUUGGUCUUGUGCCUCCGCAACAAGGAUCACCGUGGCGUUUGGUAUACAUAGUUGGCACCACAGCAUAUAAUAUAUCAGUAUAUUUACUAUUUCCUAUAACACUUAUAGUAAAUUGCUUUCAUUCAAAAAAUGUAGCCGAAUUCUGUGAGAAUUUCUACUUAACAAUUACCGUCAUACUGUGUACCUUGAAAUUUUUAAAUGUGGCCUUCUCACGUAAGAAUCUGUUAAAAGUGCGUUCCAUACUAGAAGAGUUGGACAAACGUGCAAAUACUGAAGCUGAGCGCGAAAUACUGCUGAAGGGGAAAAAUGAUGGCAAAAAAUGUUUUAUGUUCUAUGCACGUAUUUUUGGAAUGACGUUUUUAACAAGCAACUUAAUCGUUUACUUAGCAAAAGAACGUAGAUUUAUGUAUCCUGCUUGGUUUCCUUGGAAUUGGAAGGAUUCACGUAAAUAUUUUGCAAUAAGUUAUUUAUAUCAGUUGCAGGCUUUGGCAGGCCAAGCAAUAAGUGAAUUUGUAAAUGUUACUUAUCCUUCGAUACAUUUACGCCUAAUAUCAGCUCAUAUCGCUGCGUUGGCAAUACGUAUUGAAAAUUUGGGCUUAAAGGAAACUAAUACAAACGCUGCUGAUUUCAAUGAACGAGAUAAAAAUUUAUAUAAACAACUCACUGAAUGUACUAAGGAUCAUGACAUUAUUAGAAAUUUAUUUCGAAUAACGGAGCGCACAAUAGCUGCCACUUGCAUAUUUCAGUUUAUGAGCACUGGAUUCGCUCAAUGCACUUUAGCCAUUUUUUUUCUCUACAAUGGUCCUGCUAAUCUAAGUAUUAAAUUCGUACUAUUGAACAUGCGUUCGACUAAUAUUUUGUCCAAGUACUGA